CGGAACCCCGAAGAUACGGCAUUGAUUUGUCUGAUCCUGUACAAGCACGCCUUCGACAAGACCUUCACAUGGAACCCAGACUAUGAGACUGUAGACUAAUCAGAGACGGAGGUUAUGGCUACAAGCAAACGUGACUAUGAGGUGACCGGGCUUGGUGGGCUGGGUAAAUGGAAGAGAAAUGGACGUUUGGGAAAGGCGUACGUGAUACCAAAGGACAAGGACCUGCAACACUGGAGACCGAUCGCACCAGCAUGCGGAGAUCCGGCAGUGAUGGCGCAACGCAGGUGUGCCCGAGCCCCAAAUUGCCUUAUUACAAGGUUUCCAAGGGUGAGGCAUUUUAAUCUCAGAUCUGCAUAUGAGAUGAAGAGAGAACUUGACCAGUUCGGAAGUCUUCUGCAAAAAGAAGGAUGCAGUAUGGCAAUGGGAAGAUGUUACGACAUUAAGGAGAUGUUCUCCUCGAUAUCCCACUCGUUUGUGAAGGAUGCAGUGUCAGAGUUGGUCAUGUACUUCGAGAAGCGGGGCUGGAGGCAAGUGAGAGUGGCGAACAGGGGAAAGUUGUGUCAGAUGUCGAAAACGACACGGAGAGAGGAGGGCUACACCACGGUGAAACUAGAUAUGCUUCACAUUAUGGUGGAAUAUGAUCUAUCGCAUCCCUAUAUGAUGCACGGUGACGUGAUCAGAAGGCAGCUUGUGGGAAUCCCCAUGGGGAAGACUACAAGCCCAGUACUAGCUACGGUGACAUGUGCGAUGGCAGAAGCCAGAUUCCUAUCAAAUCUCGGGGCGGACAGGAGAAUAGUGAUGGCGUGGAGGAUGGUUGACGAUGUCUCCAUAGUGGUCGGUUGCACCGGUGAGGAGGAGUCCUGGGAGAGAGCGGAGAGGAUUCUCCAGUCUUUCAAGAGUAUAUAUGAUGAAGAGUUGAAGCUCAUCCGAAAAGACGAAGGUGCUCAUACCUGGCAAUUCAUCGGAGGAAGGAUGUAUGUUAUGGCUGAGCCAGUCCAGGUACACUUCAUCCAGGAGACAAAGAACUGCGAAUCGUUCGCUGUGGGGGUACGCUCCGUUACCAAUCCAUGCAGGACUAUGCGAGUUACUCUGAUAAGCGAACUAAAAAGGGAGUUCUUUGGGCCACUUUUAAGAGGUUGUGGUACUCGUCAACGGCGCAGACCCUAGCAGCUAGUUCGGUGGCAUAUGCGAUGACAGAGAGUAUCCUCUGGGGCUAUGCCCCGGAGGUUUCUCUGGGGGCCUUGGCCAAAUUGGCCAAGGUUACAGGCUACGGAACAUUGAGGAAGUUGUGGGGAGUUUUCCAGUUAUUUUGGGAUCAGAAAAGGAUCCGUAGACAGGGAUCCCUGCAGAGACAAGGUUUUUUGACAAUUUUUCCUCAACCGCGACUAGGCAGGACCGGGCAGUGUAACUGCCGAACAGAUUUCGAGGCGAAGCGCCUUAAUAUU